GAGUUGGGAACCGCAACAUGCUAUGUAAAAGCACAGCCACUCGUGGGAAGAAGACGGAGAAGACGAAGAAGAAGAAACCAGAAACGUAAUCCAAACGCCAUGAAAUGAGAUUAUAAAACACCACCUCAUGAACAUGCAUGGAAUCACUCUUCCCUUAGCCCUGCAGCUCCAUUUUUCUCCUCCUCUUUUCUACCUACAAAAUCUACCCAAAUCUUCAUUACCCAUUUCCAGAAUUGCCUCUGCACCCCAUUUCAAUCCUCUCUUUUUCACUCCAAAUCGCAGAAACAAUGGUAAGAAUAAGAGGAGGAAUAGUACCCUUUUGAAGGCGAGUCGCAGAGAGUCUCCGUAUGAGGUGUUGGGGGUUUCUCCUUCUGCUAGUCCUGAUCAGAUCAAGAGGGCUUAUCGGAAACUCGCUUUGAAGUAUCAUCCCGAUGUCAAUAAAGAGGCAAAUGCACAGGAGAAAUUUAUGAGGAUAAAGCAUGCAUACAAUGCAUUGAUGAACUCUGAAUCUCGGAGGAAAUAUGACUCUGGAAGUCGUGCAUCCAACUAUACCUAUUCUAAUGCUGAAAGAAACCAAAGCAGGAAUACCCAAGAAGAAGAGUUCUAUGGAUUUGGUAAUUUUGUGAGGGAUGUUCAAAUGACAGUAGAGGACUUCUUUAGGGAUCUUCAAGAAGAAUUCCGGAACUGGGAAGCCAGUGCUGCUUCACAAGGGAAGCCAAAGAGCCUGUGGGAGGAAUUAGCGGAAAUUGGUGAAGAGUUUGUGGAAUUUUUAGAGAAAGAGCUCAACAUCACUGACUCGGAAGUUGAAGCGGAGGAAUAUGGAGGGUCUCAGAAGGCAAAUCCAUUUACAAGUUCUGAAACAGGGACGACAGGAGGUGGUGGUCAAAGUAAAGGCGGUCAAGGGAGCAGCAUUGAAGAAAAUAUUGAUGAGAUCGAAGCUACUCUUGCUAAGUUGAAAAAGGAAUUGGGCCUAUAGGAGGAAAUGCAGCUGCAUUAAUCCUUAGAAGAUAUAAAUCCGAAAGACAUGUUCUUUGUCUUGUUGGAAUGAGUAGAAAAAUGGCUGAUUAGUGGAAAUCCAGCUUACAUAACUAUAGUCCAAUUCUUUGAAGGCCUCAUUCAUCACAGAGAAGAGUUAUGAAUGAAGGUUCUCUCAGCUGUAAGUCAUUGAAGCACAAAAGCAUGAAGUAAUCAUCACUUAAGAUAUGGGCUUAUACAUCUGUUUUCCUCUGUAAACAAAGCUCUCCAUCACCUACGAUUGAAUCCUUGACGAUUUCCAUUGGGGUCUGUCCUUUCAAGCAUCAGUCUUUCUGCCAACAAUGUCAGACAAAUUCUCUGUGCAGCACUCUGAUGAUCUGUAUUGAAUUAUUCAUCCUUUUCUACCAAUAAAUGACUUGAGCUUGGUUCCAAACUUUUCUGUUUACCUAGUAUUUUCAUUCCUUCUUGUUGUAACUUGCAAUGAGGCCCAGAUUCAUGCAGGAGCAAGAAUUUCCAGUAA